CGCCUCGCCCCGCCCUCUCCGGCUCCUCCAUCUCGUCUCGGCGGCCGCUGCUCUGCUCCACUCUCGCUCGUCCCGCUCGCUCCUCCGUUGCUGUUCGUUGCCUCCCGCCUUCCGACAUGAAGCUGCUGCCCUCGUUGCUGCUGCUGGCGGCCGCCUGCGUGGCGAGAUCGUACGGCGAGGUGAAGGAGGAGGAGGACGUUCUCGUGCUCACGGGCGCCAACUUCGCGGAGGCCCUCAGCGCGCACCCGGCCAUCCUCGUGGAGUUCUAUGCGCCAUGGUGCGGCCACUGCAAGGCCCUGGGACCUGAGUUCGCCAAAGCAGCCGGCACACUAAAGGCCGAGGGCUCAGCUAUCCGGCUGGGCAAGGUCGACGCCACGGAGGAGACCGAGUUGGCCAAGGAGUACGGCGUGCGCGGCUACCCGACCAUCAAGUUCUUCAAGGACGGCGACGCAAAGAACGCCAAGGAGUACGCGGCUGGGCGGCAGGCGGACGACAUCGUGAACUGGCUAAAGAAGCGCACGGGACCCUCCGCCACAACUCUGGAUGACGCCGCUGCCACCGCCAAGUUCAUCGAGUCGGCCGAGGUGGUGGUCGUCGGCUUCUUCAAGGAUGUGGAGGCUGAGGAUGCUAAGGUGUUCCUCAAAGCGGCCGACGGAAUCGACGAUAUCGCCUUCGGCCUCGCGUCAUCAGACGACGCCUUCACGCAGUACGAGGUGUCCAAAGAAGGCGUCAUACUCUUUAAGAAGUUCGACGAGGGCCGGAACGUGUACGAGGGCGAGCUGAGCAAGGAAGGCCUGCGCAAGUUCGUGAAGUCCAACGAGCUGCCUCUGCUCAUCGAGUUCACCGAGCAGAGUGCUCCCAAAAUCUUCGGUGGAGACAUCAAGAGCCACAUCCUCCUCUUCGUUGGGAAGUCGUCCUCCGACUACGACGAGAGGCUCGACCAAUUCCGCGGAGCCGCCAAGGAGUUCAGGGGGGAGAUCCUCUUCAUCUACAUCGAUGUGGACAACUCUGAGAACCUGCGCAUCCUGGAGUUCUUCGGGCUGAAGAAGGAGGAGUGCCCCGCAGCGCGCAUCAUCAUGCUGGAGGAGGAGAUGUCCAAGUACAAACCUGACAGCAACGACCUCAGCACGGAGAACCUCAUUGCUUUCUGCAGGUCCUUCCUCAACGGGGCGCUCAAGGCGCACCUCAUGAGUGAAGACAUCCCCGAGGACUGGGAUAAGAACUCCGUGAAGGUGCUCGUGGGGAAGAACUUCGAGCAGAUCGCCUUCGACGAGAGCAAGAACGUGUUCGUCGAGUUCUACGCCCCGUGGUGCGGCCACUGCAAACAGCUGGUGCCCAUCUGGGACGAGCUGGGGGACAAGUUCAAGGAGGACGACAGCGUGGUCAUCGCCAAGAUGGACUCCACCGCCAACGAGGUCGACGGCAUCAAAGUGCACAGCUUCCCCACGCUCAAGUUCUUCCCCGCCGCCGCUGGCCGCAAGGUCGUAGACUAUAACGGCGAGCGGACGCUGGACGCCUUCGUCAAAUUCCUGGAGAGCGGAGGCGAGGGUGGCGCCGGCGAGGACGAGCUGGAGGAUCUGGAGGAGGUGGAAGACGACAGUGAUGACGUGGAAGCAGAGGACACCAUUAAAAAGGACGAGCUGUAGGCCCCCACGGGGCCCCCCAUUUUGUAUUGAACCUCCCCCUCGUGUGUAUGUAAAUGUUAGGCCAUGGAUGUCAAAUGCAAAACCCACACCCCUCUUACUGUGCCGUGCUUCAGCCUGUCCAGCCUAGGCCCUUAGUGCCUGGGAAUCGUCGCCACCACCACCACCACCACCGUCCCCCGUGACGCCGUCGACCUGGUGUCGGGUCUCUCCGUUGCUUUUCCCCCGCUGGGCUGGCAAGACGCGUCGCCAAGCCACGUCUGGCCCCUGCCCGCCACGUGUUUCCCCGCGUGGCGUCGGAGAUGCCUCCUUGUAAAUGAAUUCCACGGAUUGGGCGCGCGGACGCAAAGUGUCUAGAGCUCGCGGAAAAUCCUCGGCGCCCGUUCCCGUCUGCUUUAAGAGAAGAAGAAAUCCGAGUCUCUUUUUUUUAUUUGUACUGAUUUCCUGCGGGGUCUGUUUUGGGGUUUGCCUUCCACCAGGUAAUUAUUUUUUUAUGAUUAAAUGUAAAAAUGUGAACGCUCUACGGAGUGUGGGCCACGUCUGGUGCCCGUCUCCCAAUCCGCGGCCUCCCUGGGCAUUCCCACCGAUUCUUUUCGAUUUAACAAUCCCUCAAUCCCCUCGAGCUUUCAAUCCCUUGGCCUCUGUGGCUUCCCGAAAGGAGUUGCCACUGCCUGUGGUUGGUUGAGUGAAACGCCGC